CGUACUAAUCUAUCAAGAUAACCGUCAUAGUUUCUUCCCCAGAUCUCCCCUGUCGAACCACAACAAAGUGCUCAGUACCUUCGAAUAGAGGACGUGAGUCCGAGCGACUUGCUCUGCUAAGAGAGGGGAUACAUGGCCUAAUGGAGGAGUCUAAAGAAAGCCAGAAAGAGUCUGGUCAAGCCGGCAAUGGACAGCCAUCCCCGGAGAGCUCCAAGCCGAGGACGCCAGAGCAGGAAGCUAGAAUACCAGGUAAUGGGGGAAAUGGCAGCUCUGGGACAAAUGUUGAGGGGCGUGAAGAGGCACAAGACAAUGCUUUAGUUGCAGAGACAAUUUCACGUACGGUUCACAGCAAAGAUUCAUCUGAAAUUGACCGAGAGUCAUCUGCCGAGACCCCUCCACCAUUACCUCCCCGGCCAGUAAAUCUGGAAUCAACUGAUGCGCAGAAUACCUUGCAUCUGUCUGGAAAGCAAGCCCGGCCCAAGUUACAAUCACAUCCGACGACUGCAGUGUCAUUAACCGACAUUAGCACGCAGGUAAACAAUGAAGGAAUUCGGGAGACGUAUCCCAGCACCACUGGAGGCCUUACUUCCCCGCUGUCAGUCGCCAGUCAAUUCAACAAUCGGUUCGGGAGUCCAAAGAGCAGUGAAACAGAAGAUACUGCUAGCAUCAAGAGCUAUGUCCCUACAUUGGAGACGGGCGGAGAUGUGGAAAGUCUACUUGGAGAGGUCCUGGGGAAUGGGCAGCAAGACCCCGCCUGGAGGUUUAUGACCGCUCAGGGCGAGAACCAGAACGCUGCCGAUGAACUUCUGCCCGAAGAUGCAGCGUUUGAGAAGGAUUUUCAGAAGGAGUUCAAAGAGCUUGAAGCGAUCAAUGCAGAGGGCACAAAUGAAGAGGCUGUUCUAGACGCAUGGACAUCACGAAUGAAGCAUUUUCUCAUCUUAUCUGCUGCCGGCAAACCCAUUUAUAGUCGACAUGGAGACGAUAACAUUACAUCGGGCUACAUUGGAAUCAUACAGACGAUCAUUUCCUUUUACCAAAACGCAGACGACACGCUGAAAAGCUUCACCGCGGGUGAUGUUAAAUUUGUUGUGCUCUCAAAGACUUCAUUGUAUCUAGUCGCUAUCAGCCGGCUGGGAGAAAGCGAUGGACAGCUCCGAGCGCAAUUGGAAGCGCUUUAUAUGCAGAUUUUGUCGACAUUGACACUUCCACGGCUGCAAACCAUAUUUUCAAACCGGCCUUCUUCUGAUCUGCGGAGGCCGCUUUCGGGCACGGAGCCAUUGCUCUCUGCUUUGGCCGAUACUUUUACUCGUGGCUCUCCGCCAACACUCUUAUCCGCACUCGAAUGUCUGAGACUCCGAAAAUCGCAUCGACAAGUGAUUGACCAGACAUUGCUCAAAACGCGGACCGAGAAUCUCUUGUACGGAUUAAUUGUGGCAGGUGGACGGCUCGUCAGUGUCGUUCGGCCCAAGAAGCAUUCUCUCCAUCCUAGCGAUCUGCAGCUGAUUUUCAACAUGCUCUUUGAGACAGAAGGGGUAAAGACUGCUGGCGGUGAGAAUUGGAUACCCCUUUGUCUGCCAGGCUUCAACAAUACUGGAUUUUUGUACAUGUACGUGAGCUUCUUGAGCGCAAAGGAAGACGAGAACGAGGAUGAGAGUCAAAGGCCAAGCACAUCGUCUUCCUUCAACAAGGAAGAAGAGGUAGCUGUUUUGCUCAUCAGUCCCAAAAAGGAGAGUUUCUACGAAAUGCAGCAAAUGCGUGAUGACGUUGUUGAGCAACUUCAAAAGAAUGGCAGCAUGGACUUGAUCAAGGCAGCCGUCCGUCGAGGACGACCUCAUGUGACCGAUGUGGUCCCAGGCACUGUACUGCGUCACUUUUUGUACAAGUCAAAAGCAAAUGUUCAAUUUGCUAUGCCAUCAUUUGAGCCGCAUUUCAAAGGCUUAGUCGCUCGACGAAAGCUUUUAUCGAUAUAUCAUACAUUACAUGCCAAUGUGCAUUCCAAAAUCUCCCAUCUCAAAGUCCAUUACUGCGUCAGCCGGGACUCGAUUUCACUCGCGUGGACAACACCUCUUUUUGAGCUGUACUGUGUUGCCGGCCCGUCUGCGAGUCGCGGUGCUCUCGCGCAAAGCGCAAACAAGGUUGUCCAAUGGGCUCGAAAGGAGGAGGAGCGAAUAUUUAUCAUCGGAGGAGCUGUAUUCUAACAUCUUUCGUCCUUACUAAUUUCAUCGCGCACAUUCGCAUCCUGCGUUGUGUUGCAUAUAUCUCGGCAAACCAGGCGUUUGGCAGGCGGGCGGUUCUCCUGGCUUUUAUAUCCCAUGGC